CGAAACCCGGGCUUUGUAAGUUUGUGGUAUUAACCCCUGCGUGUUUUCUUUGUGCGUGACGAGAUUUACACACAUCUUGUGUCCUCUCCAGGUCGUGCUUACCAGGUUUUUCAUAAAAGCCGAAAUGUGCCAAGAUGUCGGCUUUUAAAGUAGUUGGAGCAUUUUUGAUUACUCGGCUUCCUCCGCUAUUGUAUGCUAAAGCAUUGAAGCACGUAUGCGAGAUGACGUCAGAAAAACGUAAGUACGUAAUAACCGGUUAUGGUCUGUAACUGAACCGAUACCGAAUCGUCCUCGCUUGCAUCGCGAUGCAUCGUAAAAAUGAUUAAUUUCGACACCCCUAAUUUGGAGGAGAUACAGAGUGAGGAGGCAGUAAAAGAAACACCAAAAAAACGAAAAAGAAAGAAGAUAAAACUCAGGCGGAAACAAAGAGACCAAAAAGGAUUCUUGGUCUAUGAGAAGCAUAAACGAAAGACAGACCGAUCUGAAAGACCAGUUGCCUCAACCAGUGCCUCUUCAAAUAAUAAAGAAGUUGAGCUUGAAACUACAAACACAUCUGAAGCCUCAACUACCAAACAUUUUGGAGAAGUAGAUGCACAUCGGAUUAUUGAUUUACAAGAACAUCUACUCCAAGAUGCAAUGGACUGUGAUGAACCCAGAUCAACAGCAUCUAAUGAUUGGGCAUUGAGGCAAUCCUUGUCUGAAGAACGCUGGCAGGAAGCAAGACCAAAACUCCUUGACAGUUUGCUUGCUUCAGACUUGAAAGAAGCAGUCAUCAGGUGCAAGGACUGUUUGCCUAAACCCCGUUACUGUGGGAAGUGUGAUGUUUCUACGCAUCAACAUCUAGUUUUUCACAACAGAGAGACUCUUAUAGAUGGGUUCUAUAAACCUGUCCCUCCAUCAACUGCUGUGCAAGACUUCAGUGGCCAAAAUGUCAUAUAUGAGCAAGUGUGCUUGCUGCCAAUCACACAACCUGAAAAAGUGUGUGAUUGUGACCCUCAAAACCUGUCUGUUGUCGCCGGACGAUCAGUUGCACUCAUUUGCAUAAAUGGUCGCUAUGACAUGUACCUGCCAGUUAUGAAUUGCAGAACAUGUCAUGCGUCAUGGACACCUGAAGUGGGAGACCUGCUGUGUAGUGGUUACUGGCCGGGCACUGUGGGAUUUCAAACCAUAUACCAGCUAGACCUUUUCACCUCUUUUGAGGACCUGAAGAUCAAUGCACCUGGUCUUUCAAGACAAGCAUUUGUCAAAAUGUUAGAACAGCGAUCACAACAAUCGGAAGGAGAGGUUACAUUUGUGGCGACAUCUUCCAAAAAGCUUUCCUUGAAUGGACAUAUUGUCGUCAUGAAAGAGAAAAACUCUGCGGCAUUGACCACUUCUCUUGCCCAGCUUGCACCCCAGAUACAGUUGCUGUGUCUGCAGAUGGAAACAGAAAAUUAUAUAGAUUCAGCAAAACAAAGGGGUUAGAGGAACAACCAUUUUUUGAUGGAGUUUUUCUGGCCAAUGACAAAGCUGUAGCAACAUUUGUUGAUUGUGUUCGUGAGAAGAUCAAGCCAGUAAAUGGAAAAGGCACCUGUGGAACAUCAACAUGGGCUGCAGCCAGGGAGACCUCUAAGAAGACAAACUCCAAAUGUGACGAAGAAGGCCUAGAGGUGGCAGUUUGCAGACACUGCAUAUUGCUUAGAGACAUCAUGUGUAGAUAUUGGCCUUAUCUACAAAAGGUGAGUCAAGCAUUCCCAGAAAUGAAAAAAUUGACUCAGAUGAAGCCAUUUCUUUCGGUCAUGCAUGCAAAGGGGCAUUCUACAAAAUGUGAGGUAAAUAUAUCUUCAAACAAUAUGGUAAGUUCUUUUCCUGUUUGACCUCCUUGAACUCAAUAUUUGUGGUUUGGACAUCUGGUGUGCAUGCUUCAGGUGCAGUGGGGUGGCAAAAACCAAACAGGGGCAGUCACUGCCAUUGGUGAAGAAGUUGAACAAGUCAACAGCUUUUUGUCCCGUGUGGCUCUAACUACAAAAUACAUGAGUUAGGGUGCACGAGUAGAUAUGAUCACAUUGCAUGCCAGAGGAUGGAAUGAGCGAAAAAAAAGAAACCUGCACAAGUACUUGUCUACACGGUACUUGAAGACUAUCCAGAAGACAAAGGAAGUCAAAGAGGACAUUGAGGCUAUAAAGGAGUCCACGCAAAGGUCUGAUGAGGAACUUCAACAGUGGGUUACUGAUGUGAGACAGUGGGCUGUUGACACUCCAGAUGACCUCCGAACAGAUGAUCCAGUGGCGUUGCAACAUCUGAUUUAAGGCCUAUUCUUGGGUAUCCAGCAGAAAAAGAGGGAUCUGUAUCGUUUAACCGGUAAGUAGGCUCCAUGCCUAGGGUUGGGUAUUUUGAUGAUUUUGAUUUCCGAUUCUGCUUAUCGAUUUCGAUUGUUAUCGAUUCCCAGUUUUGAUUCCACAGUUGAAGCAAAACUUUGACCUGUAGUGUCCUUUAAGCCUGCUUAUUGACAGGUUUGCCAAAAAUAUUGGUUUAUGAGCACCAUUCUGUGUACAUAGCAACCAUGUUUUGUCUGAUUUAUAAAAAAUGUAUUACCAUAGUUUAAUACCAACUAUAUCAUGGUUAAAUAAAUGUGUGAUAAAUUUGUAUUUCAUUUGCUUUAUCCGAAGUUAACACAUGCACAUUUCUGAAAAUAUGCACAUAGGAAUUGAUAAGUGUAAUUUAAAUUUCAAGUGUUCGAUUCUUAUUCGAUUCGAUUCCGAAUUUGAAUCGAAUUUUCAAUUCCUAACCCUUUCCAUGCCCUCAUGUACUUGUGGGGUUAAUUUUAAAAUGUGAUAUGUAUUGAUAUUAUUAAGUUAUUUAAAUGUUAUCACAUCUGAACACUGAAGUCUCACAUCUACAGUACACUGUGCAU